GUUUUUAUGGGAGAUAACUCUUCACCUUACACUAGAAGGCAUCAAAAUGGCCGACUACGACCCAGAAAGAAAUGAUGAAAACAGUGACAAUAUCUUUGAAAUCUUGCAAAAGCAAAACAUUGCUCAAGUGACAACCCAAACAUUAGAAGGAGUAAAACAUGAAAACACAAAUGGAAAUAUUACAAAUGCAAAGAAAUCGAAAGUUUUUAGAAAUCUACCAGGUCUGCAGGUUGCACAUGUUGUGAAGGAAGAAACAAAUAAUGAAGAGACACCACCGGAUCCAAAAAGACCUCGUUUAACUGGUCUCCCUGUUACAAAUACACCAGACACUUGUCCUAGUCCAGACACUGGUAAAAGAAGGCGUAUACAGCACGAUUACAGACGACUUUCCAACUCUGGAUACUUGGAUGAUUAUGGUAGUGGCAGGGAAAGGAGAUUUUCCUCAGCAAGUGAUAAUUCAGAUCUCAGUAUGUCACCAUCACCACCAAAAUUGAAGACACCUGUGUCACCAAGUAUAAAACUUGUUGUAUCAAGUGAUUUAUCUCAGAACAAAGUUCUAUGUCAAAUGGUAAAAGAGCACAAGUUACCUGAUAAAAUGAUUAAAGAAGAAAAAUCAGUAUCAAAUGGAAUUGACAAGGCUCAAAAUAAGGAGGUCUCUGUUGAAAAAGUUAGUCAUGGUAAUGGAGGAGUCGAUGAUCAUGAUGAUAAGCAAUCAAUGAAAGAUGAAAGUAAAGUUAAAACCUCUAAGUCAGAUGAAAUUAAAACAGAAAAAGAAGGAGCUAGUGAAAAGAGUAUUGUCAAAAGUGAUAAAAAUGAAAGUUCAGUCAAAAAUGAAAGUUCUAUCAAAAAUGAAAGUUCUGUCAAAAAUGAAAGUCCUGUCAAAAAUGAAAGUCCUGUGAAGGAAAGAAGCAGUAAAACCCCAUCAAAAGAGGGGCAUCAUCACUCAAAGCACCACCAUAAACAUAAGCAUAAACACAAGCACCACAGUUCUCAUGAUAGAACACCCGUCAAGCAAGAGGAAUCAAUCUCAAGACUGAAGAACUUUGAUAUAAGGAUGUCCCCUGAUGUACGAAGUUCACCAGAUAUACAUAACUCACCAUGUAAAACAGAGGAUGAUCCCAUAUCUCACAAUAGCAUCAGAAUCUUAGGGAAGAAAAGAAUCCUGAAUAAUUGUGGCAUUCAGGUUUGUCUGAAGAGGAGAACUGAAAAUAAAUGUAUUCAGGUUUCUCUAAAAGGAUCAAAAGAUCAUCAUUCGUCAUCACAUUCCUCCUCAAAGUCAGAAAAACACCGUGAGAAAUCUAAGGAACAUCGAUCAUCUCAUGAGCGCACAACAGAUCAUAAAUCCUCUCAUGAGUCUUCAGGCACCAAUAAACACCAUGAGAAGUCUAAAGACCACCAAGCAUCAUCAUCACAUUCUUCAUCUAGUAAACAUCCAGAGAAAUCAAACAAAUAUGGCAGCCACUCAGCACCAAAGUCUGAAAAUAAAACUAAAGCUUUAGUGGAUCUCAUGCAAAACAAAAACCUGGAAUCCAGUAAAGAUUACAGAUAUCGUAAAUUUAGAAGUAUGAAAUACACAGAUGAGCCAUUUGCUAAUUCAAAAUUUCGUAAAUUGUUUCAUUUAGAAAAAUGUACCAAUGGUGGUGCACUUGUUCUGCAUGUAUAUCAAGAUGAGCUUAGAAAUCUAACAUCCGAUGAAAUGACAAAAUUUGUGUCAGAAUAUUUUGAUUUUGUUUAUGGGGAAUACCCAGAGGGAGUUGGGAACUGUGCCAUGGGUAUAGUUCAUAGGUCAGCAGUGAACAUGCCAGAUUUUAUCGAUUAUUUUUCCGAAAAGUUCCCCACUUUACACUGCCAAUCAGGACUUAUGGGUAAAUCUGACAUUGAAUCCACUACUAUCUCCAAAUAUCGUGAGAGCAUGAUGAGCACGUAUAAAGAUGGUACUCAUCGCUCAGGUCCACUGAUGCAGAUAAGUGUAGUAGGAACAGUACAUGAAGAAGUGGGCGAUUAUUUCCCAGACUUUUUAGACAUGGUUGAACAGAAUCCUUUUUUAAAAGCGUUAAUGCCUUGGGGAGAGCGAUCUGUAGUUGCAGGUAUGGCAAGGAACUUAAGUAAUGAUGGUCCUAUAUUAUGGUCUCGACCUGGUGAACAGAUGGUUCCAACAGCUGAUAUGCCUAAAUCACCAUUUAAACGGAAAAGAGGAGCAAAUGAGUUGAAGAAUUUAUCCUAUCUACCUCGUGCUUCUGAGCCUCGUGAAGUAUUGGUUGAAGACAGGACAAGGUGUCAUGCAGAUCAUGUUGGGCAGGGAUUUGACAGACUUACAACAGCUGCUGUUGGUGUGUUAAAGGCUGUUAAAAAAUCAGACGACACAUGUUCAGACAGAGUGGUCAAAGAUGUGAUUUGUUUUCAUCCUGGAGAUUUCCCUCAGCUUGUACAGAAGUUGCACCUUGACCUUCAUGAACCUCCUGUGUCUCAGUGCAUUACCUGGGUGGAAGAUGCAAAGUUAAAUCAGUUACGGAGAGAAGGUAUGCGCUACGCCAGAAUAUCUUUACGAGAUAAUGAUAUUUAUUUUAUUCCAAGAAAUGUAGUUCACCAAUUCAAAACUGUCUCUGCUGUUACAAGUAUAGCUUGGCAUACCAGACUGAGAAUUUAUUAUCCAGACUUGGACACUUCUAUUGAAAAUGAAAUGAAAUCUGCAACCAAAAGGGAGGUAAGCCAUAUUACUAAAGAUGAAAAACAUGUGAUCAAAGAUGAAAAAGAUGUACAAAAAUAUGACAAACAUGUGAUCAAAGAUGAAAAAGAUGUACAAAAAUAUGACAAACAUGCAUCAAAAGAUGAAAAAUAUGCUACAAAAGACGAAAAACUUGUAUCAAAGUAUGACAAACAUGCAACUAAAGAUGAAAAACAUGCUACAAAAGAUGAAAAACAUAUAUUAAAACAUGAGAAAAGAAAGGAAGAAAAAUCUGUUGAUAAGCAUGAAAAAUUAAAAGAGGAAAAGCAUUCAAAACAUGAGGAAAGAAAAGUAGAAAAAUCUGUAGCUAAACAUGAAAAAAUAAAAGAGGAAAAGCAUUCAAAACAUGAAGAAAGAAGAGAAGAAAAAUCUGAAGUUAAACAUGAAAAAAUAAAAGAGGAAAAGCAUUCAAAACAUGAAGAAAGAAAUAGAGAUGAAAAACAUGAGGAAAGAAAAAGGGAUGAAAAACAUAAAGAAAGAAAAAGAGAUGAAAAACAUUCAUCUAAAAAUGGAGAGAGAAAGAAGGAAGAGAAAAUGACUGCUCAUGAAGUGGAAAAGAAUAAAGACAGUAAGACUCUAACAAUAAAGGAUGACAGUAAACCUAUAAUAAAGGUAAAGGAUAGCAAAAGUGAAGAAAAAUUGUCUGAACAAAAACAAAAACAUAUCAUUAGUAAUCAGGAAACACAGAUUCAGCAGAAUGGAUGUGUAAAUAACCCUCUGGAUAUUGAAAAGGAUUGUAGAUAUACUGAAGUUGGUAUGAGUCAAGGGGGUGACAUUGACAGAUAUGCCAUCCAGGGGCUCGCUAAGGAGAGUCAAAAUACUGAAGUUGGUAUGAGUCAAAGUGGUGACAGAUAUGUCAUAGAGGGGCCUGCAAAGGAUAGCAUAAAUACAGAAGAAGAUAUGAGACAAGGUGGUGACAUUGACAGAUAUGUCAUGGAGGGGCUCCCUAAGGAGAGUCAAAAUAUGGAAGUUGGUAUGAGUCAAGGUGGUGACAGAUAUGUCAUGGAGGGGUCUUCAAAGGCUAGUGGAAAUAUGGAAGUUGGUAUGUGUCAAGAUGACGACAUUAAUAGAUAUGUCAUUGAUGGGCCCAAUAAAGAUAGUAGAUAUGCUGAAACUGGUUCAAGUCAAGGUGGUGACAGCUAUGUCAUAGAGGGGUCUGCUAAGGAUAGUAGAUAUACUGAAACUGGUAUGAGUCAAAGUGGUGACAGAUAUGUCAUAGAGGGGCCUACAAAGGAUAGUGGAAAUACAGAAGUUGGCAUGUGUCAAGAUGGUGACAUUAAUAGAUAUGUCAUAGAGCGACCAGCUAAGGAGAAUGACAUAAUAGAAGUUGAAGAAUCAAGUUGUGAACAAACUCAAGAAUUUGAUGAAUGUGAACAAAAUUGUAAAAGUGACGAAACAUCAAUGAAUAAAGAGCCAGAUACUUCAAAAAUUGGAGAGAAAGCAUUUGAAAAUUUUGCUUCAGAAACUAGUGAUAUGGAGACUGAGGAAAAUGGAUCGUUUGUUACUGUGGCAGCAGGUUUAGUUAGUGAACAACUUUCUGUGAAUGAAUUUGUGUCAGAUGAACAAGAAUCUGUAUCUCCAGUGACAGAAAUGAUAAUUGAACAAAUGGAAAAUGAAGAUUCAGCUGAAAUCCACAGAGAAACAAUAGCCUUGUUAGAAGAAAAUGGCCAACAGGACAGCGCUCUACCAGAAAAUCUUCCACAAGUGAUUACUGGUACUAUUCAAACAAAGCCUGUACGGGAAAAUAAACAAAACCUCUUUGAAAACAUUUUUGGCACACAACUAAAUGCAAAUAACCUCAUUUCAGAUGGCAGCAGCAAUACAGAAGACAGUGUGCAAUACACACAGAAUUCAUAGUGUUUAUAAAUGCAUUGGAGUAUGGUCUCAAAUUUAUUUAUUUAUUUUUAUAUUUCAAAUUAUUCAUAAACCUCAGUUCCCAACUUUAAACAUUGUGUACUUUUAAAUUUUUCAAAAUAUUCAGGUAGAUUUGAUUUUUGAUUGGAUUGAUAUCAAACUUUUAACAGAUGUUGCUGCCAGGUGUUAUUACAGGAUUGAUAUCAAACUUUUAACAGAUGUUGCUGCCAGGUGUUAUUACAGGAUUGAUAUCAAACUUUUAACAGAUGUUGCUGCCAGGUGUUAUUACAGGAUUGAUAUCAAACUUUUAACAGAUGUUGCUGCCAGGUGUUAUUACAGGAUUGAUAUCAAACUUUUAACAGAUGUUGCUGCCAGGUGUUAUUACAGGAUUGAUAUCAAACUUUUAACAGAUGUUGUUGCCAGGUGUUAUUACAGGAUUGAUAUCAAACUUUUAACAGAUGUUGCUGCCAGGUGUUAUUACAGGAUUGAUAUCAAACUUUUAACAGAUGUUGCUGCCAGGUGUUAUUACAGGAUUGAUAUCAAACUUUUAACAGAUGUUGCUGCCAGGUGUUAUUACAGGAUUGAUAUCAAACUUUUAACAGAUGUUGCUGCCAGGUGUUAUUACAGCCAAAUGACUAGUGUGUAUGUUCGCAUAAAACCUUUGGUUACAUGUACCUUGCAUGCUAGCUGAACUGUGAGAUUAUUGUUAUGUCAGGUAUACAUGUACUACUCUCCUUUAAGAGUAGACUAGUCUGACAGAUAACCAAUUUAUCUGUCUGUAGGACUAGACUACUCUGAAAUGAGGGUAGCAUACCUAACCUUAUAGUGAAGUUCAGCUAGCAAGCAAGGUAACCAAAAUUAUUGAUUGAACCUACAGGCUACACACUUAUAUCAUUUGGUAAUCAAAGUUAAAGGUUAUGUAUUCAAACUAUUAAGUAACUGCAGAAAUUAUAGGUCAUUUUAUUGAUUAAGUCUAAUGACUAUCUGCUCCUUGGGUCAUUUGGAUUUAUAAUGAUACUGUAAACCGACUUAUUUUCGUGAGUAGAAAAAUAAUGCUCACAUAAAACAUCACAAAUAUGUAAAACUUGGGUUUUCAAAUCACAAAAUGGGUAAGAAAGGACUAAAUGCAAAAUUUAGUAUCAACGAUAAUAGGUUAUUUACAGUAAUAAGUUUCUGUGAUGUGUAAAUUUACAAACAUAUGUAAACUGUUAUAUAUGAGGCCAGUGAAACAAAAGGUUGUGAAGAUCUGUCAGAAUAUUGAGAAAACCAAUUGUGUGAAAGACACUUUAAUUUAACCUGUGUUACUCAUAGGGAAUUUGCCCAUCAUUGCACCACGUACAAGGGCUUUUAUAUAAUCAUCAUAAGACCAGUUGGUGGAAUCAGAUUUUUAGAGGAGGAAAGAGAAAAUAUCAAAAAAUGAACUAAGGGUAAAACUAGUUUUUUUGCAUUCAAAGUGUGACUUGGUUGGUGAAUAAAAUUUCUGCCCAUUUGAUGAUUAAAUUUUUGGGUGUAAGAUUUGAUUAUAUUUGCUUACAUUCAUUUUUCGUGUAACACAGCUUCCUUGUUUGUUAGCAAGGGUCUUUGACCAACCAAAGGGGUAUGAAUAAAUUAUAAUAGGAAUUUAAAAGUCCCUUUUUCAUGUUAAAUAAAAUCAAAUGCAUGUUUGUAUUUAUAUAUGUAAAAAACAUAUUUAAAAAAACAACAUGUGUGUACCUGGAAAAUGAAUGAGCAAGAAUGUAGAUAAAGCUACCACCAAUUUUAUGUGUUUACAUGCAAAUGUAACACAUGGAGGCUACAGUGGCGGAUCCAGAGGGGGGCCCCCCCUUUUUUUUGGCCGAUCAAUGCAUUUGAAUGGGGACAUAUAGUUGGACCCCCCCUUUGUCCUGGGUUAGGAACCCCUCUUUUUAAAUGGCUGGAAUCGCCCCUGGGCUACCAACUAUGUUUGAAAUGAAACAUAACAAACAGAUCUUUUUUUAAUAUUUCCAUAUUUUAAUAUUUUUGUGAAUGUAUAUAUAAAUGUUAUAGCAUUUUGAAGUGCUUUUAAUUUGAUCUGUGAAGACACAUUAUUUGUUAUAUUACUUGUUAAAGUUGUUUUUAUGUAAAAUAUGUACCUGUUUACAUUGUAAAUACUUUCUCACAUACACCAUGUACACAAUCCAGGGCAAAUCAUGUUUUUUAAAGUAAUUCUGCAGUGUGUUAUGAUAUGUAGAGGUAGAUCAUGAAAAUCGAUUGUAUAGGUUUUGUAAAUUUAUUCCUCAGCUUUAGGUCUCAUUCUGCUCUGAAAAUAUACAUUCUUAAAUAUGUAUUUGUGAUUCUUACAGUACAUUUAAAAUCUGUUGCCUUUCUGAGCUAAUUAUUUACUCUUUUUUUUCAAGCUUGAUUUGAGGAAAACCUCAAACAAUUUUUUGUCUUUUAGAAAUUUAUUUGGAAGUAACUUAUUUUCUCAUAGAACAAUUUUUUUUGUAAUUAAAUAUAGGGUUUAUUUUACACAACACUGCAAGAGUUUGUGUAUUCCAAUAUUAAAGACACAGAUAGAGCUGCAUAAUGUUAUGUAAAAAAAAAACUGAAAUGUAUGAUACAGUUUACAUUACAUCAUAAAAUGUUGGCAAUGU